AUGAAAAUUGAAUGUGAGUGGGAUGAGCUGAAGCAAUUGGUUGAGACAACUGGAUUAAAAACCAUGACAUAUGUUGAUGUCUGGGCAAAGCUUUUCAGUUCUUCAAAGAAAGAAUCUCUGAGCAACAUCCUACAUGUUGCUGAAAUUCUCCUGGUUGUUCCAAUCAGUAACGCAACUCUUGAGCGCAUGUUCUCAACAAUGAAUCUUAUCCACAGUGAUUGGAGAAAUUGCUUAGGAGAAAAGAGGGUUGAGAAUCUGCUAAGAAUUUGGGUGGAAGGGCCCGCACCAGAAAAAUUUGAUGCACAACCAGUGCUUGCAAGAUGGACUGAGAAAUGUGCCACACAACGAAGGCCUAAUGUGAGGCCAAGUGGGCCGAGAGCAUCUGGUUCUAAGACUAAAAGAAAACUGGCUGAAUCUCAGGUUGCUGAAACUGUGAAGAAGCUACUAAAGGACUCAGAGUCCGAUACAACAGAGUUAGAUGUAGACAUGUCUUCAGACAAGACAGACACUGAGUUUGAGUCUGACUGUGAUCUUGUAGAUGUUAGUAUUGACAGUGAUGAAUUCGAGAACUAA